AUGUCAAUCGGAGGAGAUGCGCCGUUAGAGGUGGUGGGUGUGGAGAAGAUCGGAUCUAAAGCUAGGAGCAAGGAGUUCUAUCCCUUCGCUUACUCUUUGCUCGAUUCCACCAAGAAAGAUUACUGUUGGACGUGUCUUGGUGAGACAGUCAAAGUGUUCGUGAACCGUUUUCUCUCAAAGCUUAACGGUUAUGUUUUUCAGAACAUGCGGGGAGUGCAAGGUCGCCAAGUUCUGCUCUGACAAAUGUAAAGAUUCCGGAGCAUUCGAUCACCGGGUGAGAUCUGUGAUGUCUAGUGGUUAUGCGAUGUGUGCAUAUAACUGGAUAUCACGUUGUUUGUCAAAGCCCUGUUAUCUGAUAACCAAAACAAGUCAAAAUAAAUGGAGUUUUGAGUUUGUGUUGUGCCAGUUUCAACACAAAACAAAGACUAAUAAUUAUUUUUCAGUACGAAUGCGGAGGUCUCAAAAAGUGUCCGGAAUUGAACACAGAUGAGAGAAUGCUCAUCCGGAUUAUUGGACGUUACAAGGUUAAACUAAACAUGUGUUAUUGGAUUUCGAUAUUAUUUUGUAGGACAUUUCGGAAGGAAGAGAUAAACAGAUUGAGGGCUUUUAUGAGAAAAGAGAAAGCAAAAGAAACGUGCUGGAAAUUUGGGAGCAUUGUGUAGAGAUGAAGAAAGACGAGAACGCUAUGAAAGCAUUCGAUAGUGAGUCAUAAUGUGCCCUAUUAAAGUCAGUAUUCGAAAUUUAUAGAAAUCUACGAAAGAGUCCAGAAAUUCUGCAACGAGGCUUAUUUGGUAGACAAAGAAAUCGCUUUCCAACUCCACUCAAGAAACUUCAUCAACCGUCACAGCAUUUCGAAUGUGGACUACUUGAGGGAAAUCGGAAAGGGUUUGUACCUGGAUCUGUGCCGGUAUGAUCACUCCUGCAGGCCGAAUGCCGUUCGUUUCAGCAAAAAGUUAGGAACAAUUAAAGAUGUACUUUCAGAUAUACAGCUGUCACGGAAUCGUUGCGAGUCUUCGUGCUCUUCACGACAACGUCGAUUUGGAUAACGUCGAAACCACGCACUACACGUAUAUCGAACUUCCUCCGUGAGUAGAAAACACGAGCCGGCAAUUUAGAAAAUGGAAAUUAAAUUGCAGGUGUAAAAUUCAGCGCCGUCACAUGUUGAAAGAAACGUGGUACUUCGAGUGUCAUUGUGAGCGAUGCGAUGAUCCAGAUGAUAACUGGCUGACUGCAGUCAUCUGCCCAGUGUGUAUCUCGAAGGUAUCUAUUUCCGGGCUCAAGACGUGAUCUUUGAGAGUAAGUUUUCAGUCAGAGUUCCGAAAAACGGUCAAAUUACACGGGCCUGAAGCGUAUGCGAACCCUGAUACUCUGGAAAUCAUCUGCAAUAGGUGCAACACCACUUUGGAAAGGGUAAUUCCUGAGAUUCUACCUACUGUUCUAAAACUCUACUUCAGGAGUACAUUUACAUGGCCUUAGACGGAAUGAGAACCAUCCGGAGAACUAUGGAAGGAACCGAAGAUUAUUCGGUCUGUUUUGUCUAUCAAAUUUUCAUUUUUUGAACUAUUAUCUUUUGCAGUCGGAGCCUGUGGAACUGCUGAAAGUGUACCAGGGAGCACUGCUCAGCUACGAGCGCAUUUUGCCCAUGUCAAAUGCCUACUUCUGCCAGCUCAUUGCUGCCAUGAUUCCGUUGCUGCAGCAAGUCAGCAUGACUAAGAAGGAAAAACUGAUCGCAUCGCUCGAUCUUCAUAUGAAAUGUGAACCAUUUGUCCGUUACGUCUAUCGCUACGCUCAUCCGUCGAAAGCAAUGCACUUCCUGUGAGCUUCCGACACCUUUCCGAUUUCAUAUUAUAUGCUUUUAGGCAAAUGGGACAACUUCAUAUGGAAUUGGCAAACGGAAGAGAAGCGGCCAGAUAUCUCGUGGAAGCUCAUCGUAUCAUGGAUUAUCUCUUCGGCUCGGGACAUUUCCUUUCAAGACAAACCAAAGGAUUUAUGGAUCACGCACUUUCGACUUUGAUGCAAUUCCAACGAAAGUUUGUGAAUGUUUUGGAAAAAGUGCCUGAAGCUAAGAGAAAUCUGGAAGAAAGAUUGAUGACUGCCGAAGAGAAAAAAGCGCUGAACGACAGUCAGAAGAAGCCGAGCAAGAAGAACAAGAAGAACAAUAAGAAGAACGGGCAGAAUGAGCAGAAAAAUGCUCAUGCUGCUGCGGACCAUCAAAAGAAAGCAAUAAUUGACGAUGAUCUUGGGGAUUUGCCUGAACUUGUUUCCGAAUUGUAA